AUGUUUUUAAGCUUCAAACAAUUGGCACCAAUCCGUUUUGCUUUGUAUUCGUUAGUUCAAUUAUUAGGAGCUUUCUUUGGGGCAGCAAUUGCUUAUUUGGUUUAUUGUGACGCCAUCAAUAAAUUCGACGGAGGUACCAGACAAGUAUACGGAACCAAGGCAACUGCCCACAUAUUCGCCUCGUAUUCCUCCCCCCAUUUGGGGGUGUUUAAUGGAUUUAUUGACCAAGUUGUUGCCACAGCUGUUUUUUGUCUUUUAAUUGCCCACAUUACGGACAAACGAAAUCACUACCCAACUUGGGUUCAACCUUUUUUGGUUGGGACAUCUUUUGUUUUGGUUGGGACGUCUUUUGCUUACAAUGCUGGUUAUCCGUGCAACCCAGCACGUGAUUUUGGACCUCGCUUAUUUACUUUAAUUGUUGGAUAUGGGUGGGAAGUGUUUUCUCCGCAAAAAAUUUUUGUCCGCAAAAACCCCGAAAAAGUCUGUUUGCAAUAAAUGCCCCCAAAAAUGAGUUAAAAUGAGGCUUAACUGUAUUAUUUUUAAUUUACGAUUCUUUAAAAUAAUUUUCAUUUUUUUCCAAGUAGAUAAAUUAUGCUUAU